GGGUUUGCCUCCGCUUUCGCAAAGCAAUAAAACCCUGAAUAGCUGCCGCUUCUGCUCGUCUUCUUAUAUCCCUUUCCUCCUACGACAGUUAGGGUUUUCCGGGCACCACUUCUCCCACAUGGCUCCCAAAAGAGGUGUUAAGGCCCCAGUAUUGGCAAAGAAGAAACCUGAAAAGGUUGUUAAUCCUUUGUUUGAGAAGCGACCAAAACAGUUUGGAAUUGGGGGUGCACUACCACCAAAGAAGGACUUGACUAGGUUUGUCAAGUGGCCUCAUGUUGUUCGUAUUCAGAGGCAAAGGAGGAUUCUGAAGCAACGUUUGAAGGUUCCUCCUGCUGUUAACCAGUUCACUAAAACACUUGACAAGAACCUUGCCACACAGCUCUUCAAAUUGCUUCUCAAAUAUAGACCCGAGGAUAAAGCAGCUAAGAAGGAAAGAAUUCUCAAGAGGGCACAAGCUGAAGCUGAGGGUAAAACUAUUGAAUCAAAGAAACCCAUUGUUGUUAAAUAUGGUCUUAACCAUGUUACUUACCUCAUUGAGCAGAACAAGGCCCAAUUAGUGGUUAUUGCACAUGAUGUUGAUCCAAUUGAGCUUGUUGUUUGGUUGCCUGCUUUGUGUCGUAAAAUGGAAGUCCCUUAUGCAAUUGUGAAGGGCAAAUCACGGCUUGGAGCGAUUGUUCACAAGAAAACAGCUGCAGCUUUGUGCCUUACAUCAGUGAAGAAUGAAGAUAAAUUGGAAUUUAGCAAAAUUUUGGAGGCAGUUAAGGCCAACUUCAAUGACAAGUUUGAUGAGCAUCGCAAGAGGUGGGGUGGUGGAAUUAUGGGAUCGAAAUCUCAGGCGAAGACCAAAGCAAAGGAGAGGCUCUUAGCUAAGGAGGCUGCUCAGAGGAUGUCUUGAGUUUCUUAGGAGGGAGUAGUGUAAGAGAGUUAUAAUCAGAAAGGAACUCAUGACGAUGAAUUUUGCAUUUUUCAUUUGAUGCACGGGUUUGGUUUUAUGUAUUAGUCUGGCAUUGAUGGAUUAAUUCAGAAAUUUGGCCAAUUUAUCUUGUCUGGAUUUGUUGUGGGAGGAGAAUGGAUAUUUGUAGUCGGAAAUGCAGAAACCAUAAUCUUUUUUUUUUUA